AUGAUCGGUGCAGCAGAGCCUGUAGCCAAAGCCUAUGCAGAGGAGCUGGCCAGGCAUGGAGUCAGCAUUAUCUUUGUCACUCGGGACCACUCAUCUAUUAGAGACACCGCUGCAACCGUCUCCCAAAGCUACGGAGUGGAAGCUGUUGUCAUACUAGCCGACUUCUCUUUGGACCAGGCAGCCGGCAACCUCAUCAAAGAAGCCAUGAGGGAUAAAGAUAUCGGCUUCCUGGUGAACUGUGUGGAGUCUGUGGCUUCCCCUCAGAGCCUGGUUGAAAUGCCUGAGCAGAGCCUGUUGGAUUUGGUGAAUAAGAACGUUGCGGUGGCUACUCUGAUGACCCGCUUGGUGCUGCCAGGGAUGCUGGAGCGCAGCAGAGGAGCCGUGGUCAAUAUAUCAUCGGGGGCUUGCGCCAAACCCCUGCCUGGAAGAGUGACCCUCACUGCCUCCACUGGCUACAUGGAUCAUUUCUCAAGAGCUCUUCACCUUGAGUACAGCGGCAAUGGGAUCUUUGUCCAAAGUCUGACUCCUUUCCAGAUAGCCUCAAGUGAGCGACAACCAUCCUCGUCAUCGACACCGGGCUGGUUUGUACCAAAGCCAGAGGUUUACGCCCGCCACGCCGUCUCCACCCUGGGCGUCUCUAAUAGGACCACCGGCUACUGGCCUCACACACUGCAGUAUGGACUGAUGACACGUAUUCCAGAGUGGAUUUGGGUUCUUGGAUCACGUGUGCUCAUCAGUUAA